AUGAGGCACUCUCGCACCUCGCGCUGGAUCGAUGCUUUGCGGCUUCUCCGGGAGGGGUCUUCUAAUGUCCAGCCUGACAUCAUCUCGAUUGGAGCCGUGGUCCACGCGCUGGGGCGCGCCUUCCGCUGGCAUCUUUGCAUGUCACAGCUGGGAGAGGCGAGCUCUGAAGCCCUGCUUCCCAACACCAUCGUGGCGAAUGCCGCCAUCACCUGCUGUGGGCAGAGCUCCAGAUGGCAAGUGGCAGCUGCAUUUUUCGACGGCGGCAUUCCGCAGUUGAAGCCGGAUCUGGUUUCAGGCAAUGCGCUGGCGACUGCCUACCAGCGUGCAAGCCGGUGGCAUUCAUCCUGUGGCGUGCUCUCGCUGCUGCCAGCCCUUGCAAUUUUCCCUGAUACGGUGACGCACAAUGCUGCACUGGCUGGCCUGGUGGGAAGGUGGCAGCAAGCGGGGAGCCUGCUGCGGCACAUGGCGCAUGCUUUGCUCCAGAAAACGGUGGUCAGCCUCGGUACGCUGGUUACUGUCCAUGGCGAUUCAUCCCGCUGGCCAGCUGCCCUUGUCCUGGCAGAGCAGGUCAAGGAACAAGCUUUACAGAUCACGACGACCAUCUGCAAUGCGGCGAUCAGCGCCUGUGAGGAAGGAAGCCUUUGGGCUCGCUCCACGGCCUUGCUCUCGUUCUUCGCGCUGCUGUGCCGGCCGAGCCUCAUUACCCUUGCGGCCCUGAGCAGCGCACAUGGCAAGGCCGAUGUGUGGCAGAGUUCCGCUGCCAUUGUGCACUCCAUGCUUGGGGAGCAUUUGGGAGCUGAAGGCUCUCUCUUCCGUUCUGCCGCAACGGCUUGCUACAAUGCUGCUCUGAGUGCAGCCGGCCGCGCACGACGAUGGACGGCCUCCCUGGGCCUCGCUGCGGAGCUCCUGGGGAGGCGCCUGACACCGAGUGCCAUCACUCUCAACUCCCUCGCUGCUGCUUGCGCAUCCAGUGUGGAAGGAGAGGCGCGGGCCGUUUCCUUGAUGGCUCGCCUCUCAGAGGAGCAUCUUCGGGCGGACAACUUUUGGUACAACACCUUGAUCACCUCGGCCACGCGGCGGCAGGAGUGGGCCCGGGCCUUGGCGUUGCUGUCCCGGCUACGUGAAGGAGGGCUCCAGCCUGAUGCCAUCGCCUGCCGCGCCAGCCUGAGCGGCUGCAAGGUACGGCAAUGCUGGCCGGCGGCGAUAUCUCUGAUGGCGGCUUUCGCUAGCUUCGCUGUGCUGGAGGAAGACGCCAGCCGCAGCAGCUUCCUUGACUGCUUCGACGACUCUUGCGCCUGGGAAGCAACCGGAUCGUUGCUGGGCCGAUGGGAAGCGAAGGGGUGGCUGCCGGAUACCGUGGCCGUAAAUGCGGCCCUGGGCACCUGCACAAGAUGGCGGCACUGGCUGCCUGCACUGAAGCAUCUGGAUGUGCAUCGCGGGUGCUUGGAUGUCAUCACCUGCACCUCCGCCAUUGCUGCCUGCGCUGGGCGGCACUGGCGGUCGGCCCUGGCCUUGGCUGAGAAGCUGCACCUUCAGGGCGUGCGAGCAUCGCGGCUGACCUACUUGGCUGCGAUGGAGUCUUUUGGCUUUGGCCUCAGGCCCUGUCAACAUGUGGUCCGACGAGUGCAAAGAUCGCUCCAGGAGCAGGAACAGGUCAUGGACUCCCUGGCCAUGGGCUUUGUGCUUGGCUCAACGGGUGUGCGCCCUGGAGCCGUGCCCCGGUGGUGGGGAAGCCGCGGCACCUUGCGCCGCUUUCGGAGCCUGUCCACCGACGGUGGUCCGAGCGCCUGUGGGGCGCAGACUACUGGAGGUAUUGUGCGGGUCAACCGUGGCCUCUCUGUGGAUUGCUCUCAAGUCGAUGACGAGGCUUUUGGGAGGUUAGCCAUGGGCAAACGAGCGUCCAAAGCCGACGCAAGCGUGUCAGAGGCCGGCCUACAAGAUUUCGCUUCAGCCGUGCAGAGGCAGCUCCGAGAGAAGCAGCGCUUGAUUCGCACCUUUGACGUGGGCGGCACAGGCGUGAAGACGGGCCUUUUCAGCGCGACAGCUUUGCAAGCUUUCUUCGAGAGCUCUGCUGCAGGCCCUCACACCGACGGGCCGGAUGAAGCUGCAGAGCAGGGCCCCGUGCAGUGUGCAGAGCUCGAGUGGGUGGAGCGGCCCACACAGCUCGGACAGGCACCAGGAGAGGAUGGCUUUGAUGCCUGGUUGGAGGAAGCGCUUCCGCGACUUAGGCAGGAGAAGGCGAAUGCAAACGUCGUCUUUGGCGUCUCCACCGCUGGGGAUGUGGAACACCGCACCGGCAUACUCCACGACUGGUGGUCUGCUGGGGGCCAUCCACAGCAGUGGGGCGACUCGAGGCCUGAUCCCCAUGUGGCGGAUCUUAUGGGUCUUCCCAGAGACCGGACGUUCAUUCUGCACGACGGCGCAGCCCACUUGCUGGGCUGCAGCCGGCAGAUUGUACCCAUACCUCGGCUGGCUUGCCUUUCUGUUGGAACCGGUGUUGGUUUCGGCAUCUCCGACGAGGAUGGCGCAAUUCUGGAUCCGUUCUCCCCGGCAGGAUCGCGAAGUCACUUGCUGAAUGGUGUCCCGCUCUCAGGUGCACCGUAUCGGGGCAUUUGGCGAAGCUGGGUGGAACAAACAGAUCACGUUGACGAUGUCGAGAAGGUCAUGGUCCGUGAGUUUGCCGGCAUGGGGCGGCCAUGGAACAUGCCCUGGGUGAGCCUGGUGUUGGGCCGACGGGGCAUGGAGCUAGCAGAAGCAGCCUUCGGCUGCCAGCCUCCUCAACCAUGUGAAGAGGAGGCUGACGAAGGCCGACAGGUCGCGCCGGCCAACGAUGCUGAGCGCAAGCCGGCUAGCACUGCCUAUGCGAACCAGUGGCUGCACUUCCUGAACACUCAGUUUCUCCCGCAAUGCUGCACUGGAUCGCGAAGACAUCGAGCGGAUCAUAUUUGCUUCGGCGGGCGUGUGGCAGAGACGAAUUGGCCAUCAUUGCAAGAGGUGAUCGUUGGCCCAGACUCUUGUGUUCUACCUUUGCCGGGUACAACAGAAGUGCCUACCGGAAAUGCCAAGCGUGGCAGGACCUCCAAGAGGGCGGCUGGAACGAAACCACAAGCCGUGCGGGUACUGCCCCCGGCGCCCCAUGGUUCGGGGCUCAUAGGCGCGGGACUCUACGCUUUGGCGGGCCUCGGACGAGCCGAGAUGGGCAUCUGGAGCAGAUGA